GCCCACCUUCUCUUUCUUCAGUGGCCCCUACAUGGUCAUGACCAAGUAAGUGGAAGCUGGCCAGUGGAGCCUGCUGUGGAACGGGAGCAGGGUCACAGUGAAGGAGCUGCAUCUUCCCACCCACCCGCACUGCCACUGCCACAGGCGGCGGCUGGCUGACUUGUUAAUUGCUGAGCAAGAGCACAGCAGCCCUCAGGUUCUGAUCAGUGAAAGGUCAAGGGUUCCACCAACAGAGACCCCUACUCCCACCCCAUCCCACUUUCUUGGAAGAACAUUCUGUGCAAAUAGUAUUUGUUUGGAGUGCGUUCAGGGUGCCAAGAAGAAAGGAAAGCGCCCAUCUUCCAUCAUGUCCUCUUCCCUCUGCCUCAUCGGAAGCCUCCUUCCCUCUGCAGCAAGUUGCGGCACCCUCACCUGCUACAGCUGAUGGCUGUGUGCCUGUCCCAGGGCCUGCAGAAGACCCGCCUCGUGUACGAGCGCGUCGCCGUCGGCACGCUGUUCGCUGUCCUCCAUGAACGGUCCCCUUUGUUCUGGUGGUUGAUCUCUUGCUUGCAGCGGGCCCAGUUCCCCGUGCUGCACAUGGAGGUGAUCGUGCACCUGCUACUCCAGACCUCCGACGCCCUGAGAUACCUGCAUUCUCGCGGCUUUAUCCACCGUUCCCUCAGCUCCUACGCCAUCCACAUCGUCUCCACAGGGGAAGCGAGGCUGACCAACCUGGAGUACAUGAUGGAAAGCCGGGAUGGAGGUGUACACAAGGACCUGACUCGAGUAUCCCUCCCCACCCAGCUGUACAAUUGGGCCGCCCCGGAGGUGAUCUUACAGAAGGCAGCCACAGUAAAGUCAGACAUCUACAGCUUUUCUGUGAUCAUACAGGAGAUUUUAACAGACAGCAUACCCUGGGAUGACUUAGAUGGCUCAAUUAUUAAAGAAACCAUAGUCUUGGGAAAUUAUUUAGAAGCUGACGUCAGGCUUCCGAAACCUUACUAUGACAUUGUUAAGUCAGGCAUCCAGGUCAAGCAGAAAGACCGAACUAUGAACCUUCAAGAUAUCCAGUAUAUUCUGAAAAAUGACUUAAAGGAUUUUAUUGGAGCCCAGAGAACUCAGCCAACUGAGAGUCCCAGGGUGCAGAGAUAUGAGCUCCAUCCUGAUGUCAAUGUCUGUUUAGGAGUGACUUCAGAACAUCCAUUGCAAAUAAAAGAGCUGAAGGAAACAGCAGGUGGUCAGCUUCAUUCACCAAGGGGUCACUCCGCUCCCACCGAGAAAGCAACACCAGAACCUCCGGUCCCAGACCCAAGUCUGGAGGCCCAGGAGACACAGAACCAAGACGCUGCUUCUCCUGCUUGCUCUGUCGGGGAAGAGGCCAGGAGCCCCAGCCCAGGUCAGGCGAGCCUCUGCAGCUUCGAAAUCAACGAAAUCUACUCAGGCUGCCUGGACAUGGGAGAUGACAAAGAGGAAGAGCCCCCAGGAACUGGUUCAUCUCUUGAGGGGGCCAGACAAAACCAGGUAGAUGAACUGAAGUCCAUGGAAGAAGAGUCAGAAAAGAUGGAGAGAGAGGCGUGCUGUUUUUGCCAUGAGGACAACAGCUCUUCAGAAGCUGACACGGAGCUCUCCUUUGAGGACUGGGGCUGGCAGAGUGGUUCACUUAGUUCACCCAGCCUGCUCGAGCCAGCCAGAGGAGCCAAGGGCAACGUGAGCAACAGGUCCCGGACCGAGGAGUACAUCAGUAAGUGUGUGCUGAAUCUAAAGAUUUCACAGACCUUAAUGCACCAGAAUGCCAGUUUGCUGAGGAAUACUCAACAGAAAAUAGGUAAGCUUGAGAUGACACAGAAGGAGCAGGAGGAGUGCAGGCCUUUGUGGGCUUCCUCCAGAGAGUUUGCAGACUUCUGUGACUCACCUUCAGCCCUGGGCCCCCCAGCUUCAAGCUAUGUUCCUCCCGCCAUGCAGCUGCCAGGGGACCUGCAGCCGGACACUGAGGGCAACUGCCCGACCCUAGCAAAGUCUCCAAGAACAGUGAGAGACUUUCAAGGAGGACAUUUAGGCAAAAGGUCCAAGAAAAGAAGCUGUGGCUGGACACCUUUCACCCCUUUCCCCCAGGUCACUGAAGAAAGCACUAGGGAUCGGUCCGAGAAGGGCCAACAGCUGCCAUCUCUUUGUGGUCCUGGAAAACAGAACAGAGGUGAACAGUUUCAGCCCACUCACGGAGCCAAGGGCAGUUUGGAAAGAAACAGGAACCAAAAUACCAGCAGCCAGGGAAGGCCUAGAGAGUCCAGUGCCCGAACCAGAACGACACAGCUCAGUGGUGCACUCCUCACUGUGCCAGGCCACCCACAGGGACCGCUCACGUCAUCCAGCCCUGGCCGAGGCUCUUCCAGGAUCAGUAUGGAAUCUGUGUCUUCUAAAAUCUAUAACACAAAGUCAAGAAAUAAUGAAGAUGCUGGAGAGAUACACUUAAAAUGGAAAACGGAGGUGAAAGAAAUGGCAGAGAAAGCAGCUACUGGGCAGCUGGCAGUACCUCCUUGGCAUCCUCAGAGUAGUGUGACUUUAGAAAAUGAGGCUGAAAACAGGCCUGAUCCCCUGCUGCAGCCCCCCAUUAGGGUCCCUAAGCAUGUGGACUGGUGGCAAGCUGUAGAGCAUCCCAAGAAAAAUGAUGAGCCAGGAGGAAAUGGCAAGUGUGACAAAACAGACAGCAGUGACCGCAACAGUGACCAGCAUGGCAGACAGCCAGGGCCUCGAAGUUUCACCGGUAUCAGGCACCUGUCCCUCAGAAAAAAUGAGCAGCCAGAGCAUAGUGAAGUCUUUCAAGCAAAUUCUGAUGCACCUGUGGUUGUUGAGAAGUCUUACAGCGUAAGUCAUACUGCCUGGAGAGCCAGCUUGAACCCAAAGACCUACUAGAACUGAGUUGUUAUGUAUUAUGACUUUGAAAUAACAUCUAUAGUAGUUCUUUUUUGUUGGAGCAUGUGCCCUCAUGUCUCUGACAUGAAAGAAGAAGUCUUUCCUCCCUGCCUGAUACUUUUUGAGUUAGUUCAACUCAAAGCAUUGUGUAUAUUGGAGCUUGGGGAAAACACAGACAAGUGUUAGAUUCAGCUCUGACCCUUGAGCUUUCUGUCGAGUUGGCUAGACAAGACCAACUCUUUUUAAGAAAUUAAUUAAUUAAUUUAUUUUUGGCUGCGCUGGGUCUUUGUUGCUGCGCGCAGGCUUUCUCUAGUUGUGGCGAGAGCAGGGGCUACUCUUCGUUGCAGUGUGCGGGCUUCUCAGUGCGGUGACUUCUCUUGUUGCGGAGCGCAGGCUCUAGGCGUUUGGGCUUCAGUAGUUGUGGCUUGCGGGCUCUAGAGCACAGGCUCAGUAGUUGUGGCGCACGGGCUUAGUUGCUCCACGGCAUGUGGGAUCUUCCUGGACCAGAGAUCGAACCCAUGUCCCCUGCGUUGGCAGGCGGAUUCUUAACCACUGCGCCACUAGGGAAGUCCCAAGACCAACUCUUAAAGCACGGUCAGUUACCAAAGCUCGUGACUCAGGUCAGAUUGAAGUAGGAAAAGCAAGGCCAGGGUUGCGAUGAGAGUACCUUCACCUGGAAUGUCACCUAAGACCCAAAUUCACCUUUCAACUCAGUGGAAGGAAUGUGUUGAUGCCUGAAACCUCUGCCUCAGCAAGAUCUCUGGGAUACAGUCAUAUCCUAGCAUUUGCAUUGGGGUUACAGCCUUGCUUCAGGGAUUUAAUGCAUUCUUCAAGCAUGCAGUUGGGCCAUAGUCCAGCCAGAGCAAGGAACCAAAAUUUUUUUAAUCACCAUUGACGUGGGCCCAGGAUCAUUUAAAGAAUAUAAACAGCAGCUGAGACUGAAACAAUGUAAAAAGCCAGAUGUGGUAACAUUUGAGGUCUUUCGAAGAACAUGCUAUUGUAUUAAUCAUAGCACACAAACCACUCACAGGACAAUUUAUUCUUUCUCUCAUGUGAGGGCUGGAAGGAUGUGCCACGUUCAGCGUACUGGCUUGGCUGGAGAAGCAGCUCUGUCAGGGAAGUGGGGAAGGUAUGGGACGCCAGGCUUGUCUGAGAAAUUUCAGUUUGACAGGAGAGGUUAAGGAAAGCAGCUGCUAAGUGCACAGAGGAGGAAGUAUGGCAAAAGCAAUGUCCAAGGAUAUAAACCACAAAACCUCUGCAAAGGGAUGACUGAAGGUGAGGAAAGGAGCCAGUUGUCUGGCCAUGUGGUGAUCAGGGCCUGAACGUAGAGAAGGAGCAAAAAAGGAAGGGGUAGAGUGGAGAUGCUGAAGAAAUAACGUACUUUAUUUUAUUUUUAUUGUUGAGAUUGCAUUGCUGUUUUUAAAAUCAUGCUUUUUUAAAUUUAUAAAUUUGUUUAUUUUAUUUAUUUAUUUUUGGCUGUGUUGGGUCUUUGUUGCUGCGCGCGGACUUUUUCUAGUUGCGGAGAGCAGGGGCUACUCUUCGUUGCGGUGCGCAGGCUUCUCAUUGCGGUGGCUUCUCUUGUUGUGGAGCACGGGCUCCAGGCAUGCGGGCUCAGUAAUUGUGGCUCACGGGCUCUAGAGCGCAGACUCAGUAGUUGUGGCGCACGGGCUUAGUUGCUCCGCGGCAUGUGGGAUCUUCCCGGACCAGGGCUCGAACCUGCGUCCUCUGCAUUGGCAGGCGGAUUCUUAACCACUGCGCCACCAGGGAAGCCCCAAAAUCAUGCUUCUUCACUUGCCUUUAAACGGGAAUACCGGAGGGAGUCCCAGUUCUGAGCAGCCUCAGCCUGGAGGACAGCGCCAACACAUGGACUGUAUCUAGGCCCUUGAGGAUCAUGGUGUUUAAAUUCAGUCCCC